AUGUCCAAGGUAGGAGAACGAACAACAUCAACGACUUCUGCAGACUCCACUUCAACCGAUGGCAAAAGUGGACCGGCCUCGUCUCAGGCCUCUCCAUCGGGCUCGGUGUCUGAGACGCCAAAGAAGUCAUCCAAAAAGUCGAAGAAGAACAACGAAAGCAUGAACAAGGUCUACAACUCUGUGCUGAACAGCGUCUUCGGGGCUGACAGAGAAUUAGCACAAGGGGAAUUAGACGAGCUGCAGGAAGCCUUCAAGGAGUUUGACUAUGACCAGGACGGCUACUUGAACUACAAAGAUGUGGCUGAAUGCAUGAGGACCAUGGGCUACAUGCCCACCGAGAUGGAACUGCUGGAGAUCGUGCAGCAGAUCAAAAUGAGGAUGGGCGGGCUGAUGGACUUUGAAGACUUUACUGAGCUGAUGGGCCCCAGAAUGAUGGGCGAAACAGCAGACAUGCUGGGACUGAAAGAGCUCCAGUCGGCAUUCCUCCAGUUUGACUUGGACGGAGAUGGGAAGAUCACGCAGGACGAGAUGAAGGAGGCGGCCAAGAGCCUGCUGGGCGAGAAGCUGAAGAAAGGAGAGCUGGAGGAGAUCUUGAAGGAGUUGGACAUCAACGCAGAUGGAAAUAUUGACUUUGAAGAGUUUGUGAUGAUGCUCUCCAUCCGCUAGCCGCCAGCACUGCAACGAUAACUGAGCAAAAGUUUGUAGUUCAACAUAUACGACAUUGUGUGCCUAAGUGUCAUAACUGAAAAAAUAGUCAAUUUAGCGUAACAUGUAAAGAAAAUUGAGUAUGUUUUGCUACUUUAAUAAAGAAAUCCAAAACCGCUUUUUUUCUGGUACCGUUUUUUUCCAUGUAUAAUGCGCCCCCAUGUAUAAUACGCACCCUAAAAAUGGCAUGUUGAUGCUGGAAAAAAGCCUGUACCCAUGUAUAAUACGCACCCAAAUUUUGACUCCUACUUAAGUCGAUUAACGUAAAAUUAUUUCAGAAAAAAUAUCUUUGGGAACAACCGGAUGUUAUUCUGCCGGUCAGUAUCACUGCGCAUGCGCUAGCAAACGCGAUAGCAAAGAAAUGUUUCGGAUUUGUGUAGGGCACAUUGUGACAGCAAACAAGCAGAUGAUCGAGCAAGCGUCUGAUACCAGAGCAUUGUGUUUGAAGUGAACAGCAGAGAAGAAAGCGCAUCUGUAAUGGCGGCCUCCGUAUCAUAUCCGGAUUAAAAAAAAAAAAAUUGUACCCAUGUAUAAUGCGCACCCCAGACUUUAGGACA